AUGACUACGUCUCCCACACCUGAGCACGUGGAACAUGUUUAUGACAAGGCAGCAGUGAGAUGUAAUAGAUCCGUUUUGGGGAGUGAAUUGAUGCAGAUCCCCUCUCUGCUCAUUGCCCCCCUUGGGCUGAUGGGGAACGGCGUGGUCCUGUGGCUCUUGGGUUUCCGCAUCCGAAGGACCCCCUUCUCCGUCUACAUCCUCAAUCUGGCGGGGGCCGACGCCCUCUUCCUCUGCUGCUCCUUGCUGGACUCCAUAGAAAACUUUGUUCGAUAUUUUCACGAUCUUUUCAAGCAUGAAAUAAUGUUGAACCUCAAUUACCUAUUCUACACUACGGGCAUGAGCCUCCUGGCGGCGAUCAGCACCGAGCGCUGUCUCUCCGUGCUCUUCCCCAUCUGGUACCGAUGUCACCGCCCCAAGCACACGUCGGCUUCGGUCUGCGCUGUCCUCUGGGCUCUGGUCGGAUCACUCUGGGUGAAUGGGCUUGUCACUUGCUCUCAUAUAUCCUGGCAUGUUCUCUGUCGCUUUAAUAUCUUGGAGGGUGUGUGUUUCAUCCUCCUCACCUGUGUCCUGUGCGUGUCCAGCCUGACUCUGCUGCUGAGGGUCCAGUGCAGCUCCCAGAGCCGGCAGCCCCCCAGGCUCUACCUCCUGGUCCUGCUCACGGUCCUCGUGUUCCUGCUCUGUGGCCUACCCUGGGGGAUCGAGGAUCUCAUAUGUUAUCACCUCAAGGGAAGGCUCCUGCCUCACUGGCUUUUUCAAUUAUUGGCUUGUGUGAACAGCAGCAUGAACCCCCUCAUUUACUUCUUCCUGGGCAGCCAAAGCUUUAAAAGAAAGAGGGAGCCCCUCAGAGUGAUCCUCCAGAGGGUUCUGGGGGAUGAGCAAGAAUUGGGAGGUGGGACAAGUGACAUGCCCCACACCAGCAUCCAAGAGAUGACAUUGUGA